GGCAAACGUGUUACGGUCCGGUACGAAGUGGCACUGUGUAGACAUUUCGACCAGGAAGGCAAGAAAAGUACCAAUUACAUAGUUCGUGUGAUGUUGUUUUAGUUUGUUUAUUCCUGUGCCGAUUGUGCGUGAGCAACCGUGUGGCCCUAAUACGGCUCUGUCCGUUCUAAUAAUAAUAAAUAAGCCGUCUGGUGAUUUGCGUUCUGCAGUAUUAGGGUUUUCUAGCGUUCUGGGCGUUCCCUGGCUGCUAUUGCUGGUAGCAUUAUCAUUCUAACCUGUCCGUUUGUCCGUCUGUUAGUUUGUUUUUAACUUUUUUUGCCCAGUUGGCGAAAGCGGGGCUCGCGGAACUCCGUAGCAAAUUGAACGCAAUACGCCGACGGCACACCUUGUCUUCAUCGGCCAGACCGAGAGAACAUUUAUUGCGAGUGCAUCAUCGCUAGUGAUUGAGCGAGAAGACAAAACAGUGAACGCCAAGCGAAACGACAACAGAGAAUUGCUGUUGCGGAAAGAAAGAGAAACAAACGCUAAAGAAGGGUACGCGAAGCGUAGAAGAAAAUUGUGUAGAAACCUAGAAAGAAAUAACACAACGAAUCACGGAUUUCGUUUCGCGUAAACUCUAAAGCGGGUCUUCAUAUCAGGUCUUCGCACGUUUAAACUGUUUUCAUCGAAACGUUUCGCAAGCGCUCCGAUGACAGCAACCUUCACUACAUAGUGUUCGUCCUGAGAAAGUGCAUCGCUGUGAACCUCCCGUUUGGAAGACGCCUGGUAUUGUCUCGCAAAACAGCUUGCAAAGAAGUGCACAGCAUCGAAGAAGCCAAACCUAAAAUACACCUCAUCUGACUCAUCGAGCCAUCGGACCCAGCAAUCAACAUAAAACCGCGUGUGCAGUACAAUUCAGUCCAGAAUAUAACACUAUAAGUAAUUCGUCUCUAACCAACCAGUCGCUAUCACUCUGCACCGCUACCCUAGCGUGAAACGCAAAGAUGGCGGGGGAAACUGUUGCAUCUGGUUCAGCUGAACACCUGGACGUUACCUCUGACAACAGCUCAGACCCUGGAUUGUUGUAUGGUAUUUUUCAUGAGAUCAUCAGCAGCCCAUUGAAUUUGGCACUAGUCGGUGUCAUCACUUUCCUGCUGUAUAAGAUCAUGAAGAGCCGCCAACAGCCGACUGCUCUGCCUGAACCGGAACCGGAGCUACCGCGUCUGCGGCGUGAUUUCACCGUCGCCGAGCUGAAGAAGUACGAUGGUACGCAACCGGACGGUCGGCUACUGGUAGCUGUAAAUGGAACCGUGUAUGACGUAACGAAAGGCAAACGCUUCUACGGACCAGGGGCCCGCUAUUCAGCAUUUGGAGGACGAGAUGCAUCCCGCGGGCUGGCGACAUUCCAAGUAACCGGCUCUAAUGAAGACGAAUACGACGAUCUUAGUGAUUUAAAUGCCAGUGAGAUGGAAGCCGUGCGUGAGUGGGACGUUCAAUUCCGAGAAAAGUACAUUGUCGUCGGGCGCCUGCUGAAACCGGGUGAACAACCCACUAACUACUCGGACGAAGAUGAAGAUGCCACGGCAGAUGGGUCGGAAAAGAAAAAGCGUGCUGCUGCUGCCGCCGCUGCCGCCGCUGCUAAAACCCUCGAUGCGGAUGCUCCCGCUGCUGACACUCCCGCUGCUGCCACUUCCGUCACUGACAUUACUAGCUCUGACCCUGUCGUGGUUGCUAAAGCGGCUCCAACAGUGUCUACGAAUGACACACCUAAUAAGAUUUCUGUUGACGAUACCACCAGCUCUUCAGUAGACACGGCCACGGCAUCCACCGAUGCGGAUAGGCCAAAAACUGAGUGACGCUUCUUACCUGCUCCACAGCAGCAUUUGCAACAGCUAUCAGAAUUCCCGAUUCCAGAUAUGUUAGCUACGCACACGAACACAAUCAACCAAAACCAAGCGCGAUAUCCGCACGAUCCAGGACCACAACUGUCGACAGAUAGGACACCGCCAACACAAGAUAUCUUAACGAAUGCCGUGCUACAGCACAACCAACCUCAAAAGCUUCAUCAUAAUCUGCAUCAUCGUCCUCAGCAGCAGCAGCAUGUAGUUAGCAGUACUAGCAGCGAUGGAGUGGUGGAGUUGUUCAACCAAGUUUUUGCGGGUGAUGUAGCGGAAUCCCCAGACCCGUGCUCUUUGACCCCAACUAGCACAGCAACAGGUACAGAUGUCGCAGGAUCUAGUUUCAGCCGACGAGCAAAGACUGGGCAACGCGAUGAAGCUGUUGGGUCGAUUGAAAAUUUUGGAAGCGAACCUGAUAACAACAUGACGGAUGACAAACGGUUACUUUACGAUCAGCAUAGUCUUUGCGAUAUGUUUGGCUAUUGAAAAUGAUCUAUCAAGUUCAUGGUCGGUCGGAAUGCUAUGAACCAGCUGUUUUAGGCUGUUACCGAUGAUCGGAACGUAGAACAGCACAAAACGGGAGUGACUAACCUUUAUGCUUGCCGUUUCUGCCGUUGUACUAGUGUGUUUUUUAUUCCUUCGUGCAAUAUGGACAGGGUUGAUGGGUAAAUGGUAAAUGGUAAAAGACAUUGUGGUCUUGUUUUUAUAUUGUACAUAACUUUUUGAUUUUUGAGAUACAGUUUUUGGUCGUUGUUAGUAUGCGUCCAUCUCGUGCGUAUAUCAUGCGUUUCUCGCCCAUUUUAGACAUUCGUUUUUGAAAAAGGUAGCUGGGAUGAUUUCUUUUUUUUUAUUUGUUCUUGUAGUGAGGUCUGGCAAAAAGCUGCACCAUUACUGUACUAGCUGUAGCUACUUAUUGACCAUCCUAUUUGCAAUAACAUCGUAAUAAUAUAGUGUUUUAUCUUGAAAUACCGAUUUAUACAGCUUUACGUAUUAUCGUUCGUGUAGCUUCUUUGUGACGUAGCUGCUGGAACAGCUUCGGCUCGUAUUUAAAUGAAAGGAAGUCCCAUUUGGAGCAAAACAAAACGAAAAGUGUAAUGUUUUAGGUGCAAUGUAUUUAGGUGCACCGCAAUUAAGGCGGUGGCGAUGUCUCUAUAGAAAGACAAAUCAAUAACCUACCCGGGGCACCAGUCUUGUUAAAAAACAAUUAAGGGCACAUAUACCACAACGCAACCUCACUCAGUGUGUUGUACCUAUGCCAUUUUGCGAAGUUUCACUUUUUUUAUAUGCAGUUGAUAUAGACAGCCAUGGCGAUGCAGUUGUGUUCGUGAUGGCAAAGACUGUUGUUGAUGUCGUUAAUUGUGUUUUAACGAGGGCGGUGUCUCCAGGUCGGUCAUCGACUUGUAUCUCUAUAGAGUGGUUGCUCCCGUUCACCGACUUAAAAGUAUCAAAAGAAGUUAAAGGUCAUCAUUACAUGCAAUUUGCGAGUCGUUAAAAUGUUUCUUUUGCUUUUUUCCCUCUUGUUUUCUGUGUUAGUAGAAGUUGGCAGUUGCUCUACUAAAUUGUUAGAAAGCCAUACGAAUGGAACCAUACAUUGCCCAAACCGAAUGCGAUGCAAUCACUCACUUGUUGAAGGAUAAUGACUUUUAUCUAAAUCGUCAUUCGACAUGUUUACAAAGGUCUGCAAAAUAUAGGCCCACUUCUGCACUUCUUCCGUGACUUCUCGGUACGCCUGAAAUUCUUCGACUCUUUUGGUCCUUUUGACUACGACGUUUCGUUUAAUUCGUGGAACAAAGAUUAAACUAGCAUACUACUUACAUCAACUUACACAACGGUAGGAAGUGGCAGGGUUAAAGGAAGAAGUGAACAAUAAUCUAACAACCUAAUGUGGAACAAACUGUGUCUUGGUAUUUCUAAGCUGAACGCGCUUUUAUGAUGCACGGUUUUCUAGAUAACAAAGGAGUAAGGCAAAAUUGUGGUGUCGUAGAAAACAAAAAAUAGACCGGAUAUUUUUUUUUAAAUUUUGGUUGGGUAUCAUUGAUAGAGCUUGUGCAGUUUUCUGUCAGCAGCAAUAUCUUUAAAAAUGACUAAUUUUGCAGUUUAUGCCAGCAGGUUUUUCCUCUUCACUAUACUUAUAUAACUCGAAAUCAUGGCACAUGACGCACGAUGCAGCGAAAAAUGAAAACGAAUUUCUUUUGAAGCUUCUUUUCUUGGUCGGUAUACGGUCCAGUAACAAUUCGAACAUAGUAUCGUUUUUUUUUCAUACAAAAAAUAUGUCCGGUUCACAAGUCUUGAUAGCACGCUUGGAUAUUUUGUCUUCCAACUGCACCCAAAUAUUGGUCUCUUCACCAACAAUCUGGAGAAAUAUUUUUAUUAUAUUGUAAUUAUCACCUGGUGGAUAAGUUGCGGGUAACGUUUGCUGCAGGUUUCUUAUUUGACGCACGUGUUUGUGUCUUUAUCGCGUUUUGCGAAUGUUUCGUUUCUACAAUUGCCUUCACGAAAAUUUAGAACUUUCCGUUACCGGACUGAUCGCUAUAUAUCGCGUAAACGGAUAUCGCGGGGAUUUCCCUUUACCGGACACAAAGCAGAGACUUCAUAUGAAAGAGCCUGGCUUCGGGUCUGUCUGUACUAUCACCGUAUUAUUUUCGUGUAUAUUCUAUUCUGUAACCAUUGAUGUACUUCGUCUAUUAACAUGGUGUUACGUUAUACCGUAUUUAUAAAACUAUUCAUGUUUGUAAUAACGAGGGAAAAAUGAAAUAUCUCGUAGAAGAGGGGAGUGACGAUAUGUUGUGCAGGAAAACUGUGAAGAAAACUGGUUUUUUUACUCUUAACAGAACGGAUUGGGCCGUAUUUAUAAGAAAAGUGGUAAAAAAAGGAUACGCAUACUUUGUUGUUUUUUGCUCCGCGUCUAAUGUUUACUUUCACACGAAUGCAUCCGCAAGCAAAUAUCUUCACAAAGCGAGAUAAAGUGAGAGUCAACCGAAAUAGAAAUGAGAAGAAUGGACGUUAGAAGGAAACAAAGAUAGCAUACAAAAAAGUUAAACAUUAGAGCAAACGGUGGUAGGUCGGGGAUUAUAUUUGUAAAGGCUUUUUUCCUUGCAUUGAAAAGUAUGCGGACUUGUGCGACUGGACGGACUUGUUCGACUAACCGUAGGUGUAUGACGCAGUAUAUUUGACUGUUCAUAGUGGAGUAAGUGGUGAUGGAACCGUGGCGCCAAAUCCAUCGGAUAGUUUGAUAUCACUGGAAUACAAAAAAACGAAAAUUCCUGAAACCGUUUAUAAACGGCGAAAGAAGUCAAAAAUGGAAAACGUAAAAAAGGAAAUAAACCAGAUCAAAUAAAUACGUUUCAGUCAUGGCGUCUACCUUAGUCGUUACUUUUAUUUUACAACUUUUGAGCAACAAUGUCUACGUGUACAUGUGUUAAAACAGUAUAUUCCUAGAUGGGAUUUUUGUGGUUUCUACUUUUCUUAUAGUCAACACUCGCCUUUUAGCUUAACGGUGUUAUUUAUAGAACCGUAACGAUUUUUGUCGUAAUAACGGCUUUUACUCUACCCUUCUUGUGUAGCAUUAGCACUAGUUAUAUAAC